AUGGCAGAUUUUCUCAGGUCUCUCGUCGCGGUGUCCGAAAAGUCUGCCAAUCUGGCCCGGGCGAUUCGGUCGGAACAGACAUUAUUUGAGCUCUUGGUUGAAGAGAAAACUGGUGAGGCGAAGAAUAAACGAUUCAUACAGGAUUUCAAGACCUUGGCAGAUGUAUUGAUUCAAGAGAUGGUCAGACAUGAAAUUGGAACUAAGUUUCCAAGCAUGCGAGAUCACAUAUAUGGUGAGGAAGAUAACACAUUUACCAAUACAUUGGGUGAAACCAUUACUGUAGGGGUGAAAGCUACCAAAGAAGAAACAUCAACUCUUCUAUCAAUUGCAUUGGAUGGUAACACUGCAGCGGCUGAUAUACUGGCUUCUGUGAUACAUGAAGACAUACAACAUGUGGAAGAUGAAAAAGUGCAGAGUUGUAAUCUAGAUAUUGAAGUUAGUUCAUUGGCUGUCUGGAUUGAUCCUAUUGAUUCCACUGCAGAAUAUAUUAAAGGUGUAUCUGAUGCUGUAGAUGUCAAUGGUAUAUAUGCAGAAGGUUUACAGUGUGUCACUGUACUUAUUGGUGUGUAUGAUAUGACUACAGGGUUACCAGUUAUUGGUGUUAUCAACCAACCAUUCCAGUUUUAUGAUUCCACCACUUUAAAAUGGCGAGGACGUUACGUCUGGGGCGUUGCCUACAAUGGUGUUCAACGGAAUUCCUAUCCCGAUACCCAUGCUAAACAUAACAAACGGCUGAACCUACUUACAGUAUUAAGUCCAAGUGAAAAACAACCAGUGAAAUCAGCUGUAGUGUCUCUACCCAAUGGUACCAUUCAGUACGGUAGUGGUGCUGGCUACAAAGCUCUGUGUGUUACUGAUAAGUUUGCUGAUCUGUAUAUACUAAAUAGAAAUACAACUUUUAAAUGGGAUUGCUGUGCUCCACAUGCCGUUAUUCGGUCAAUGGGGGGAGGCAUGUUGGAUUUGAAAAAGGCAAUGAAACUUAGCGCUAAUGAUCCUCUGAGUAAUUCUGAUAUUUUGUAUCACAAGCCUGAUGUUCUUGAGUGGACACCGGGACAGAAGUGGUCCAACAGUGGUGGUGUAUUGGUGUACUGGUCUGAGGAUACGGCCCGCAAAGCCAUUAGUGCUCUUGUGCGUCAUUUGAAGUCCAGUUAA